UGUGCGUCUGAGAGUGCAGUGUCGGUGUGUGCUUGUAGUGAUCGGUAGUGAUGUGGAAGUUUACAAUAGUGAAAAUAUGACGAAAAUAAGCCCGCUCACGAAUGUAUUAUUUCUACUCAUUGCAAUAGCGUCCUGUGCAAUACCACGAUGCUUCGCCGCCCUAUCCGACAAACAAUUAUGUUACGACCCCAAUUGCUCGGAAGUGAUAUCUUUGGCCAAAACGGUACUCGCUUACAGAGCAAAUGAUCAUGAAGUAAUGUCAUUUGGCGUCAAUGAAAAUGUCAAAGUUUUUAGCAAAGGAGCCGGAAAAAGAACCGAUUUAUGGGGUGUCGAGAUAAAUGGUAAACGUGGCUUUGCACCUAAGACAUUUUUAAAUGAAUACAAAGUCCUACAACGUAAUUUGUUGCAUGAAGUGCCUGUUUACAAGUUUACUGAUGAAGUCAAAGACAAAGUUCAAGCCAAAACUAGAAAAAUACAUAAAGCACAUCCUGUUUUAAAAGAUGAGGUGUCUCAUGGUGACAAUAAGACACUGUUUUCUUUAGCGAAGCCUUUAAAUAAAAAUAUGCAGGAAGAUAAUUUUGAAACUAAAAAACUGGAAUCUGCAGAGGAAAUACAUGAGAUACAUUCUUUUAUGAAAGAUAACUUAUCCCGUGACAAGAAUAAGCCACCGUCAUUGUUGGCGCAAGCAGCGGAUAAAACUGUACCAGAAAUUGAAACAGCUAAUGUAGAUAAUAUUUCACCUUCUUACGAAGUGUUAGAUGGUACUACAUUUUAUUUUGAUAGUAAACCAUCCAUACAGCAAAAUCUUGCAACUAAGACUAUGCAUGCUACUGCAUUACCAAAUGAACAAGCUUCACUUCCUCCUACCAAUCUAGAUUCUGACGAUGGUGACAAAACUCUAUUUACUAAUGAAAAAGAAAAUACAAACGAUUUCGACAAUAAACCUGAGGAAUUCAAAUUGCCAGUAGAUAUUCCUGAAGAAACUAAUAUCAAAACACUGUUAGAGAAUUCAGAAACAAUAAUCGAUCCAAUUGUAAAUACAGUGAGUAAGGAUGAGCCAUCUCGAGAUCCAGAAAAUGGAGUAAAAUCAGUGGACAGCAGUACUGAGGAUAGUACAGAAUAUAAAAAGGAAGAAUCUACUGAAGAUAUUGAAGACGAAGGCAUAUUUGCUUCAAUUGCGAGAAAGUUCAACAUUUUAUCGGAUUCCUUAGAAACUGCAACGGCAGAAGGUACCAUCAGCCAAAACGGCAAUGACAUGUUUACUUCUGAAAUUACCAGUGAGAGUAAAACCAGAACCGAAAGAAAUAUCCCAGCUACUAAAACACUAUUGAGCAUAGAUCCAAGUAUUACGAAUAAAGAUGAUACAGAAAUACAGCGAGAAAAUAUACGCGAGAGUAUUCAGAGUACGAUCAUUUCUAAAGAAGAGGUAAAGUCAGAGGAGGAAACGAUCACAAUUCGUUUGGAAAAUGCUGCAUCUCGUGAUGUGCCUUUAUCCAGUAAUUUUGUAUAUGAAGAUGUUUAUAAGCCUACCCCAGAUGUAGCACCUUUAAUUUUAGUGAAUAAUAUCUCUGCUUCUAAUGAAGCUGAUAUUAGUAGUUAUGUUGAAAAUAUCAAAAUACAGGAAGCAAGUAUGAAAGAGAAAAUUAUAGAAAAGAUCGAGGGCGCAAUCAUUUUUCCCAUGGAAGGAUCGGCAACUUCGCCGGACGCGCAAAAAACUACAGCCACAAAAAAAAGUAUUACCACUGAAAGCAAUAACGAUAUUGAGCAGACAUCACCGGAGAAUCCUGCAACAUAUUUAGGAGAUGCGAAGAAAGACGUUCACAAAGAUGUUAUCGCCCAAGUGGGUGAAGCAGCAGUUAAUGAGAUUCUAGAAACUAGCAAUUUAUUGCCGUCUGUUGAAAAUAUAUCCGAAAACAUCGCGAAAGAAGUAUCUUCUGACGAUUCAAUUGUCGGAGGAAGUGAAGGCUCAUUAAAUCGCAACACUGCAGAUAUUCAGCUUAAUGUAAAAUCAAUUGUACAUAGUAAUGUAAAUAAAAAUGAUAAUUUAGUACAUGAUGCUAGCGAUGGCGAUGUUCCUAUAGAGUCUAACGAAUUCUCUAACGGUGUAAGAUCGCAUAACAUCGUCGGUCCAGAACAAUCUGCAGAUUCUAGUCAGAAAAACACGAUCUCAGAAGAGAAAUGGGCUUCCGACGAAUAUCUCCGUAAUCGAAAUUUAGCAGGCAUCAAAGAAGAUUUUGGACACAAGAAUAUUGAAAAUCAAUUUGAUAAUUCUGUAAAAGGCAAAGAUAAAACCUUGCUUGAACAUGGUGAUAACAUAAACAGUAAAGACAAGAUUUUGUCUAAAGACGAAGAUAUGAAAGAGAAUAGUGAGCAGGUGCAAGAAUUAGAAUCGACCUUUGCUUCGCAUCAAAGAGGAGUAUUUUCCUUAAGUGCGGCGUAUAUACCGUUAUCCUAUAAUAUAAGAAGAGAUGGCCAACUUAUAGCGAAAAUUAAUAAACUCGAAAAAGAGCUAUUGAUCUCAACGAAAGAGUGCGAAGUGCUCAGUGAAAACCUAAAAUCUACCAAGGAAAAAUUACAUUGCAUAGAAGAUGAAUCGUUUGGUUCUAACGAAAUGGUUGUAUCGUUAAAAGCUGAUUUAGAAGCAUCACAGAUUGUGAAGACAGAAUUGGAGGAUCAAGUGACUAUGCUGGAAAAAGAUUUAGAAAGUGCGACUGAAGCCGGAUUGGAAUUGGAACGUAUGUUAAGGGAAGUUCUGUCAUCAAACAAUGAGGUUAAUCCCUUAGCUCAGUCAGUGGAAGAUUUGCAAGCACGAUUAGACGCUCAACAAGCCGCGAACGAAUCCUUAACGAAUGCAUUAAACCUCAAGUCUCAAGAGAUUGAAACUUUAUCGACGGAUCUUGCCGCUGCCAAAAAGAAAUGCGAAGAAUUUGAAAGAAAACUGUCGCGCUUGCAAGACGAGCUAGACACUCAGAGAAAUUUGAAGAAUAAUAUAGAGAAAACGCUGACUGAUAAAGUAUGUUCCUUGGAAGUGCAAGUAAACGAACUAUCUACCGAGAAGUCGUCGUUAUAUCAAGAAUUGCGAGGUAAAGAAAUAGAGGUGAAAGAGCUUAUAGAAGUUAUGAGUCAAGUUAAUUCGAAUAAUUUCGACGUGGAAAAGCUAUACGACGUCUCUCGUGUUAAAACGGAAGCGGUGCAACUGCGCGAGGAGAGAGAUGAAUUGAAGAUGCGAUUGAACGAUGUCGAGGGUGCUCAUCAGUUAUUAGAAGAACAUAUGAAGCUAGUUAAAGAAGAGAUAGUCGAAUUAAGCGAACAGUGUAAACUAGCCGAAAAAGAGAAGAAAGAUGCAGAGACACGACUGGAGGUAUUGUCGAAAUUCUUCAAAGAGAAAGAAGCUGAACGUCAGAAGGAAGAAGCCAUUUGGUUGCAGAAACAAGGCGAAGUUGUGUCGACGGUAGAAAGGAUACACACGAUGCAAAAUGAAAUACAAAAUUAUAAGCAACAAAUAGAAAUGUUAAAACGGGAGAUAGUGGAUCAGGAGAGAGAAUACAAAAAUCAAAUAUCUACCCUGGAAACGAAAUCACACGAGCAAUGGGUCAUCGCUCGUCAAAAUGAGCGUCGUAUGGAGGAGAUGAGAGCCGAAGCCGGUCAGUUACGUAACCGACUCACACUCGCAGAGAAAAACUUCAACGAUAGCGAUUCAGAGACAAAGCUACAUCGCCUGGAGACGAACGGGGAAACAGCUACUUCGCCACCACUGUUCAUAGGAGCGGAAUCCUCCGGUUCUCCCGUAAUGUUUAGCUCAGCCGCCCCACCACCGCCGCCACCUUCCUAUCUGCACUGUUUCCCGGCGCAUCUGCCGCUACCUAUGGCUUCUGGUUUCGUACGCACCUCCCAGUAUGACAGUCUCAGUCAACGUCCUCCACCCCUGGGCGGCAGGUUAUCGUCACCCCCGCCGAUGCCGCCGCCGUUACAUCCCCCCGGGGGUAGGUACGAGAACUCUGCGAGUUCUCCGCCGCCCCCGUUGUCUCCGCAUUUACUUCCGCCGUUCAAUCGUCACAGAUCGCCACCGCCGCCGCCGUUCGGUGGCGAUCAUAUCCCGCUCUUUCCUCCACCCGGCUCGAUAGUACCUCCACCGAUCAGAACAGCGGCAUGGACAGAAGACUCGCUACCGCUCCUGCGCGGUCCUGGUUUCCAUCAUCAGCGGGAGCAGCGUGCACGCAAUCACAAAGGUUCCUUACAUUCUUCGGGAGAAUCAUUGGAUAAGGUACACCAUGGGAAAGUCUAAGUUUUUUUGUAUCUUGCUAUAUGACUCACUUGUACAAAGGCCAAAUCUAUCACUGUAAUAGUGACAGACUCACAUUGUAUAAGAAUUUCAAAUAAAUAUCUAUUAUGCUGA